UCACGAAAUAAACUGACCACUAUCCGUACAAUAAUAUAUAACACUUUCCCAUGACACUCCAGACACGAAAACCACAGAAGAUCGACAUCAAAAAUAAAAAGCAGCCAACCAUACAGAAAAAAUAAAACAAAAUAAGGCUCCAAAAUGACAAGCGCAAACACAGCAAUCCUCCCUCCUCGCCGCGACCAAGCAGCUUCUGACGUGCGCGCCUAUUUUGUCAGCAUACUCCAGCGCAAAUACGAGGUUCCAGAGCCUCGAGCUCAAGAAGUUGCGAAUAAAUGGCAGCACGGGCGUGGCCAGGAAAUGCGCGAGUUCAGCUAUGCGACGUAUCGUGCCAUUUUUGGUGCAGAGGUCGGAACGAUACUGAAACGGCAGACGACUGAGAAGAGUGACCGAAUGGAUUCCGAGUCGGAGUUGGAGUCUGAGUCUGAGUCUGAAGCUAAAUUUACGCAGCGGCGAAAUGAUACACAAAUUUUGCGAAUUGUCUUUGCUAUAGGUGGUAUAUUGAUUGCAAUUUGCGUGGCCUUUGCGACACAUAAGAAUCAUAUCUCAGACCUUUUUCUGCUUGCUUGCGGCUGUCUCUUUUUCGCCUUGGUUGGCUUGCCGCAGGGCAAAAAGAAGCCGAACCAGACUUGAAUAUUGGGUACCCGGUUUGGCGAUUGGGGGGCACAAUCCAAACCUUUGUGUGCAGAGUUUUGUUUUGUUAUAUCGUCGUCAUUGAGGUCU